AUGCUUGACGAUAACAAUCUGCGCAGAAGUCUUCAAAUUCCUAUGCAUCAUGAAUCGACUGUUGAUAAUCGCUAUGGAGUUCGCUUUGAGUUCAAAGAACUAUAUAAUCGUCUACUAGAAGUGCAAGCUAAUCAGCUUAGCCAAGAUACCCACCAAAAUAUUCGGCGUAAACUUAUACGUUUUCCCUCACUUUCCCAACUCUCAAAAUCAUCUUCUUUUCAUCUCAAGACCCUCCAAAAUAAUUCAAAACAGCUGCAUCCCUUACCUAAAAACAUUUUAUUUUCUACCUUCGACAGCACAUAUACAUAAAAUUGCUGUUGAUGAUAGACCUGUCCUACCUGUGGAGAUGGCCUUAUGGAUAUCCGGAAUGGUUUUGUGGUGAAAGGAGCCGUCCAAGAGUUAGAUCAACCUUCAUGCAAGAGCCCAGAACUAUUUCCGAUGAUCAGUGAAUUGGCAUGAAAGGAUAUUUUCCAUCUUUUUACGAAUAGCUCCACGCGCAGGCUGGGCGUUCUAUAGAGGAGGGCGACAACCUGGCUAAUCUGCUUAGUGGUUCUGCCUCAAAUUGCGCAAGCUGUUUAGUUUUUAUAUUUGGAGUUGAUUCAGGAAAAGGGGAAGGUAAAGCUCGACGACGAACACUCUUAGGGUAUAAGUUUCUCUAUAAAGUGUCCCAAUUUAGCCUAAGCUAACUCCCCCCCCUCCGUGAGUGAACAAAAAAAUUUUGUUCACUCACGGAGGGGGGUUAAUUUUUUUUUUUUAAAAAAAUUUAUAUAUAAAUUUUAUAAAAAAUAUUUUUUUUCGAAUUUAAAAAAAUCCUAAUUCGCAAAAAUUUGGAAAGCAAAUAUUAAUUCAAUUUGCAAAAUUUAUGUUUUAAAAAGCAAUUCGUUUAAAAUUAAACAGAAUUAGCUCUAGAUUUUAUUAUACUAAUUAGCAUUUAUAUAUAAAAUUUUUUUUCCAUAAAACAAUUUUUCUAUUAAAAACAUUUUUGUUCACUCACGGAGGGUGGGUUUUUGGGCAAAAAAAUAGCGAUUUUUCUAAUGGUUUUGUUCACUCACGGAGGGGGGGGGAGUAAGCAGAAUUGGAUAAUGAUGGUGCUUAAGUUGGAAAUGAUGGCUCUCUGCAAAGUCUGUAUGACUCUGACCAUGGAAGAAAUUCCUCUAAUAAAACACUGGAGGUUCAGCAAGUGCUCAAGCUACCUUAAUAUACCCGCCCACAGCUCCCGUCAUAAACGCAUGAUACUCAAGAAGUUUGGACUAUAAAUGCACAUCGUUAAUCAAAUCUAAUCUUAUCUAGCUUAGACAGCACAACCAGCCAGCACACCACAAAUCACAUAAAAAAAUCCAGCUCAAUUACCCCAGGAAAGCAGCGACUUUCUCUCGAAAAUUCAAAAAGCCAGAUAAAGCUCCAGCCGAAGCUUGAGAAAUAUUUUAAAAAGAAACGAGUAAAUUCUCGCAUUAAUCUAAAAUUUAAAAUUCCAUAA